AUUGUGGGAACAAUGGAAGAAGAACAAACCACCACUGUCUCCGCCGGAACAACCUUAGACCCCAAAGCCAAAGAGUUCACACCCACUAACACUAACACUAACCACAUUCCUAUCAUACCCCUCGCCGUCACCCCUCCGGCGAAGUUGUCAACCUCCCCCACCCGCUCCCUCCUCCUCACCCCUGUCCCCUUAACCACCGAGUCCGCCCUACGUAGAGACCUUGAGCCGUUCGGCGACGUCAGGGCCGUCCAGAUGGAGCACCUCCGUCACGGCAUUGUCACCGUCCAUUUCUACGACCUCCGCCACGCCGAGGCCGCCUUCACCGCCAUCCGCACCCUUCACAUGCACUGCGCCUCCUUCUUCAGCCACCACCCUCACUUAUAUUACUACACCGCCGUGCAUCCGCCGCCUGCAGGCCUCAUCGCCGGCCGCGCUGUGUGGGCCCACUACGUCGUCCCCACCCCCAGUGCCGCCCUCCCCGACGCUCACAACCAAGGAACCCUCGUCGUUUUCAAGUUGUCUCCCGACGUGUCCACUCAGAAUCUUCGACGAGUUUUUGAACCUUUCGGUGCCAUAAAGGAACUGAGAGAUACACCAUGGAAAAAGAAGCAGAGAUUUGUUGAGUUCUUUGACACAAGAGACGCAGAGAUGGCUUUGAAACAGAUGAAUGGGAAGGAAAUUCAUGGCAAACCGGUUGCUAUUGAGUUCAGCAGACCAGGAGGUAACGGAAGAAAGAAGUUACUCCAUUCUGGUCCCUCUUCGCCUCCUCUUAACAUGAACAUCACACCACUUCUAUUGUACCCACCACCACCACCACCACCAUUUUAUCAUUCUCAUUUUAUUACUUCUAGCUUGAAUUCCUCUCAACCUCCUCAACUACGUCGCAAGAAAUCGGACCGGGGAGGAUUGAAGAAAGUGGCGAAUUCUGAGCCUGUUGAAUUAGUUGGAAGUAGAUUUGGGGUUGGAGAGUGGUAUUCACAAUCACAGGGUCCACCAAGGAGGAAUCUUAUUAGAAAGCAUAGUGGCGACACCAGAGCGGGAAGCACGAAACAGAGGCAGCAGCAACAACUAUCUAGAAGCAGACAUUGGAAAGGGAAGCCCGAGAAGAAGCACGAAGCUCGGUUUCUCAUCAAAGAAGAUGAAAUUGUCGAGUCCAGUUCCAGAGAUUCUAGAACUACUCUCAUGAUCAAGAACAUACCCAACAAGUACAGCCAGAAGCUGCUACUAAACAUGCUGGACAAGCACUGCAUUCACUGUAACGAUCAGAUCGGCGACAGUGAUGAGGCGCAGCCUCGAUCCUCCUAUGACUUCGUGUAUCUUCCCAUUGAUUUCAACAACAAAUGCAAUGUUGGAUACGGGUUCGUGAACAUGACAUCUCCUGAGGCAGCACUGAGGCUCUACAAGGCUUUACAUCUCCAACACUGGGAAAGAUUUAAUUCAAAAAAAAUUUGUGAAGUCACCUACGCUAGAGUUCAGGGGUUGGAGGCAUUGAAAGAGCAUUUCAAGAAUUCAAAGUUCCCAUGCGAGAUGGAGCAUUACUACAACUUGCCAGUGGUGUUUUCACCGCCUCGAGAUGGGAGGGAAGUAGUGACGGAGCCACUUCCAAUAGUGGGGAACAACAAGCUGCUGCUGCUGCAGGGAAACAUGGUUAAUCCAAUCGGUGAUGUGACGGGGAGUGAUGGUGGAGAUGAUGGGGCAGGUGGUGGUGAUGGUGACGUGGCUAGCAGCAAAAGUGGCGGCGUGGGUGAUGAAGCUAGCUAGGCAUGGUGGUGGUGUGGUACGGUGAAUGUGCAUUUUCAAGUACAGUAAAGUAAUUAAUUAAAGCAAGGUCGACGUUGAGCAUCGAGCCACAACACCUGUGUACGUGUGUGAACUGAUGAUGAUCUUCCAAAUUAACACCUUUGUUCUCUCUCUUUCAACUCUGAAGCUGCUGUUGCUCGCUGCUCAUGUUCCCUCUCGAUCAUCUGUUAAUAUUUUGCUUUUUGUCUAGCUAGUGAAAAAGAAUUGGCAGCUGUUUUUGCUAGCUCUUCUGAAAUCUCUUUAGCUUUGUAUGUU